AUGGCAUCGGACGAAGAAGUGGAUGAAUCAUUCGCCGGGGAAGAAGAUGCCCCAGAGGAUGCUGCAGAACAACUUGAUAAUGAGCCGGAUUCUGAAGAUGCUGUUCCCAAAGGAGGGGAAGAGGAUGAUGACUAUGAACCUGAAGACGGUCGUAAAAAAAAGAAGGGAAAGAAAAGAAAAGCGAGGGGAGAAGAAAAAAAGGGAAAAAAGAAAAAGAAAAAACGUAAAAAUGACAGUGGAGAUGAAAGCGAUUUUGGGGAUGAAGACGCAGGUGGAGAUUCUGAUUUUGGGAACACCAGCAAAAGGGGGAGGAAAAAAGGUUCUACCAAACAUUCUUCAACGCCAUCGACCCCGGCUCCAUCUGUGGAGGCAACUAGUGGAGGAGGAGGUAUGCCAACUAUUGAAGAAGUUUGUUCAACCUUUGGCCUUACAGAUGUUGACCUCGAUUACUCUGAGUCUGAUUUUCAAAACUUGACGAGCUACAAACUUUUUCAGCAACAUGUCAGACCGCUAUUAGCUAAGGAAAACCCAAAGGUACCAAUGACUAAGCUCAUGAUGCUUGUUGCUGCUAAGUGGCGUGAAUUUUCCAAUAUUAACCCUAAUCUACAAUCGGAAGGAAACGAGCCUUCUGCUCCUCCAUCAACCACUUCGGAAGAGAGUUAUCCCAAGUCAAAUCGAUCUCGGGUUUCAAAAGAAGCUGCCUCGAAAGUGAUUGAAGCAGACUCUGAGCCUUAUGAUGAGGACGAAGAAGAGGAGGAGGAAGAUGAAGAUAGGGCGAAAAAAAAGAAAAGAGGACGAAAGCCCAAAAAAGCUUCCAAAGUGCCUACUUUGAAAAUUAAAUUGGGGAAAAGAAAGCGUGGCAGUUCGGACGAAGAAGGAGAUGUCAGUAUUGGAGGUUCAGACAAAGACUCUGAUGCCGAAUUCGAGCAGAUGCUUCAAGAAUCGGAAGAUCCAAAAACUAGCAAAUCUCCAGUGGAAACUGCUCCAGAUCAACCUUCUGAGGGUGGCUCUGAAGAAGCCAUUCCUAGGCGUAAAGCUAAAACAAAGAUCGGUAACAAGAGCAAAGUUAGAAAGAGGAAAGUGAAAACCGGUAAAGGAGAGGAAGAAAACUACGAACACCAAGAUUACUGUGAAGUCUGUCAGCAAGGUGGUGAAAUCAUCCUCUGUGAUACGUGUCCUAGAGCUUACCAUCUGGUGUGUCUCGAACCCGAACUUGAAGAAACCCCAGAAGGAAAGUGGAGUUGUCCACACUGUGAGAAUGAAGGACCAGCUGAACAGGACGAUGAUGAGCAUCAAGAGUUUUGCAGAGUUUGUAAGGAUGGUGGUGAACUGUUGUGCUGUGAUUCUUGCACCUCUGCCUAUCAUACUCAUUGUCUGAAUCCACCUCUCACCGACAUUCCAGAUGGCGACUGGAAAUGUCCCAGGUGUGGAUGCCCGCCUCUUGUGGGAAAGGUGUCCAAAAUCCUGACUUGGAAGUGGGUGGACGAUCCACCAAAGAAGAAAGAUGGUGAAGAACAACCGAAGACCAGACAUCGAGAGUUUUUUGUCAAAUGGCAUGAGUUAUCGUACUGGCAUUGUAGCUGGAUUACAGAGCUUCAGUUAGACGUUUACCACCCCCUUAUGUUCCGUGCCUACACGAGAAAAUGGGAUAUGGAGGAACCCCCCAAAUUGGAAGAACCUAUGGAUGAAGCCGACACUAGAUUUAACAGACUAUUGAAGAUGGGUGGUAGUAAUAAUGACGAAGAACUUGAAGAAAAGUAUUACAAAUAUGGCGUGAAACCCGAAUGGCUUGUGGUGCAUCGAGUCAUCAAUCACCGUACCAUGCGAGAUGGUAGAAACCUGUAUCUGAUCAAGUGGCGAGAGCUGACUUAUGACCAAGCCACCUGGGAGGAUGAAAGCGACGACAUACCUGGACUGAAGCCGGCUGUCGAAUACUAUUUGGAUUUGAGGGCUGCUUGCAUUGGUGGCGGAUCGGGAGCCAGAUCAAAAAAGAACAAGGGAAAGAAGCCCAAGAUGAAGGAACUGAUGGACGACGACGACCGGGGGACUCCUCGUAGAUAUACUCCACCUCCAGACAAACCUUGUACUGAUUUGAAGAAAAAAAUGGAUAGACAACCCUCUUACUUGGACGAAAGCGGUCAAUUGCAUGAAUAUCAGUUGGAAGGUCUAAACUGGUUGCGCUACUCUUGGGCUAAUGGUAUAGAUACCAUCCUUGCUGAUGAGAUGGGUCUAGGAAAAACCAUCCAAACUAUAGUUUUUCUGUAUUCCCUCUUCAAGGAGGGACAUUGCAGGGGCCCGUUUUUGAUCAGUGUACCGUUGUCGACUAUCAUCAAUUGGGAAAGGGAAUUUGAGACUUGGGCGCCAGAUUUUUACUGCAUCACCUAUGUUGGUGACAAAGACUGCAGAGCUGUGAUUAGAGAAAACGAACUUAGUUUUGAGGAGGGUGCAGUGAGAGGAGGUAGAGCGUCUAAAAUUAGAGCUGGUUCUAUAAAAUUCAAUGUUUUGCUAACCAGUUAUGAGUUGGUCUCUAUUGAUUCCGCUUGUUUGGGAUCCAUCGAUUGGGCCGUUCUUGUUGUAGAUGAGGCACACAGAUUGAAGAGUAAUCAGUCCAAAUUCUUCAAAUUCCUGAACAGCUACAACAUUGCGUAUAAGCUUCUUCUUACUGGUACACCAUUGCAAAAUAACCUCGAGGAACUCUUCCAUUUGUUGAAUUUCUUGAACAGUCAGAAGUUCAACGAUCUAUCCGCUUUCCAAGGUGAAUUCGCUGAUAUUUCAAAGGAAGACCAAGUGAAGAAGUUGCACGAGAUGUUGGGCCCCCACAUGUUGCGGCGUCUCAAGGCUGACGUACUCAAAAACAUGCCCUCGAAGUCUGAAUUCAUCGUAAGAGUGGAGUUGUCUCCGAUGCAGAAAAAGUAUUACAAGUAUAUCCUGACUAGGAACUUCGAGGCUUUGAAUCCGAAAGGAGGAGGCCAACAAGUUUCCUUGCUGAACAUUAUGAUGGAUCUGAAGAAGUGCUGCAACCAUCCUUAUCUGUUCCCUGCCGCUGCAGAAGAGGCGCCUUUGGGACCGCAUGGCAAUUGGGACGUGGGGCAGUUGACGAAGGCGGCUGGGAAGCUAGUUUUGCUGUCGAAGAUGCUCAGGAUAUUGAAGGAACAAGGGCACAGGGUGCUUAUCUUCUCGCAGAUGACCAAAAUGUUGGACAUUCUUGAAGAUUUCCUCGAAGGAGAAGGGUACAAAUAUGAACGAAUAGAUGGUGCUAUUACUGGCAGCCAACGUCAAGAAGCUAUAGAUAGAUUUAACGCACCCGGUGCUCCUCAAUUUGUGUUUCUCUUAUCUACCAGAGCUGGUGGGUUGGGUAUUAAUCUCGCAACAGCUGAUACGGUUAUAAUCUAUGAUUCCGAUUGGAAUCCACACAAUGACAUCCAGGCUUUUUCCCGUGCCCAUCGUAUUGGACAAGCUAAUAAAGUGAUGAUCUAUCGAUUUGUCACAAGAAACAGCGUUGAAGAACGAGUCACUCAAGUAGCCAAAAGAAAAAUGAUGUUGACUCAUUUAGUGGUGAGACCCGGCAUGGGUGGGAAAGGAGCCAAUUUCACCAAGCAAGAGUUGGACGAUAUUCUGAGGUUCGGAACUGAAGAGUUGUUCAAGGAAAACCAAGGCAAAGAGGAUGAAGCCAUUCAUUACGAUGACAGAGCUGUUUCCGAACUUCUUGAUCGUAGCAAAGAAGGUAUCGAACAGAAAGAAAGCUGGGCCAAUGAAUACCUCAGCUCAUUCAAGGUAGCCAGUUACGUUACCAAAGAAGAAGAAGCUGAAGAGGAAGUUAACACCGAAAUCAUCAAGCAAGAAGCCGAGAAUACCGAUCCUGCCUACUGGAUCAAGUUGCUGAGACAUCACUACGAACAGCAGCAAGAGGAUAUCGCGAGGACGUUGGGUAAGGGUAAGCGAGUCAGAAAGCAGGUCAAUUAUAAUGACGGUGGAAUGACGACUGACACUAGGGAGGAUACCACUUGGCAGGAGAAUCUCUCUGACUACCAUUCAGACUUUUCGGCUGGUUCCGAUGAAGAUAAAGAAGAUGAUGACUUUGAUGAGAAGAAUGAUCCUGAUCUCAGUAGGAGGAGUAGAAGGAAGAUGGAAAGGAAGGAAGAGAAAGACCGACCAUUACCACCUCUAUUGGCUAGAGUUGGAGGAAACAUUGAAGUCCUUGGCUUUAAUGCCAGACAGCGUAAAGCAUUCCUCAACGCCAUUAUGCGGUAUGGCAUGCCGCCACAGGACGCUUUCAACUCUCAGUGGCUUGUGAGAGAUCUGAGGGGAAAGUCUGAGAAGAUAUUCAAGGCGUAUGUUUCAUUGUUUAUGAGGCAUUUGUGUGAACCUGGUGCGGACAAUGCUGACACUUUCGCAGAUGGAGUGCCACGUGAAGGACUUAGCAGGCAGCACGUUUUGACUAGGAUUGGUGUCAUGUCUUUAAUAAGGAAAAAGGUACAGGAGUUUGAACACAUCAAUGGCGAAUAUAGCAUACCAGAACUUAUCAAAAAAGCCAUUUUGGAGCAGAACAAAAUCAGCUCAACUCCAACUACCGAGGGCGAAACUCCAAAAAGUGCUACGACUAGUACGAGUGCUACUCCGGCAACUAGUGCCGCUCCCAGUCCUGCUCCCACGCAGGUCGAUGCUUCUGAGAAAGAUAAGGAUUCAGUACAAGGUGAUGAAAUCAAGGAAAAAGACAUUAAGUCUGAUAGUGAAAAAUCUGCGGAUGAUAAAAAGGAACACGUGGAAUCUGAAGAUGUUAAGGACAUUGCGACAAAAACUGAAUCGGCUCUACACACAGAUAUUGAAAUGAAACCUGAAGUGAAACCCGAACCUGAUACUUCUUCCAUAGGUGAGGAGAAAAAGGAAGAAAAGCAGGAAGAGAUUAAGAAAGAGGAUCUUGAAGAAGUCAAAAAGGAGGUGAAAGAAGAGGAUGAUAAAGAAAUUAAGCAGGAAAUUAAUAAAAAGGAGAAGGAUGAAGAGGUAGUCAAGGAAGAGAAACCAAAGAUCGAAAAGGAGGAGGAUGUAACAAUUAUUGAGGGAGAUGACAAGGACGCUAAGAAAGAAAAGCGUGAAAUAGAUCUGGAUGCAAAGAAACGAUUUAUGUUCAAUAUAGCUGAUGGUGGAUUCACAGAACUGCACACUUUAUGGCUCAACGAAGAAAAAGCGGCAUCUCCUGGUCGUGACUACGAAAUAUGGCACCGACGCCAUGAUUAUUGGUUAUUGGCUGGUAUCGUGACACACGGUUAUGGCAGGUGGCAGGAUAUUCAAGCAGAUGCUAGGUUCGCCAUUAUCAACGAACCUUUCAAGAUGGAUGUCGGAAAAGGCAACUUUUUGGAAAUCAAAAACAAGUUCCUGGCUAGGAGGUUCAAGCUGCUAGAACAAGCUCUUGUAAUUGAAGAACAACUUCGACGUGCGGCCUACCUCAAUCUCACGCAGGAUCCAAACCACCCGGCGAUGUCCUUGAAUGCUAGAUUCGCUGAGGUAGAGUGUCUAGCCGAAUCUCACCAACACCUCAGCAAGGAAUCCUUGGCAGGAAAUAAACCAGCCAAUGCUGUCUUGCACAAGGUGCUCAAUCAGUUGGAGGAAUUGCUCUCCGAUAUGAAAUCAGACGUGUCUAGGUUGCCUGCCACGCUGGCCAGGAUACCACCUGUUGCGCAGCGGUUGCAGAUGUCUGAGAGGAGUAUAUUGUCGCGGUUGGCAGCAACGUCAUCGUCGAGUAGUCAAUCAACAGCUCAAGUCAUAAGUCAGUUCCCUGCAGGCUUCAGCGCCGGCAAUCUUCCAGGCUUUGCAACUGCCGCAGCUAAUUUUGCCAACUUUAGGCCACAAUAUUCAGUACCCGGUCAACCACCUACCGGAUUCCCCUCAUAAUAGUAGAAGUGGAAGCCUCCCAUAAAAUGAAAUAGCUCAAGGCCGACAGAUAAUUUAUUCUUAUAUUUUACAGAAUAAGAUAUUUAUUUGCAGAUCAAUAUUGUGAAAUUUUUUGUAAUUUUCUUUUUGUUCAUAAAUGCCUUUGUCACAUUUUGAGUGUUACAUAAACAUUUAUGAUCAUCUGUAACAAAAGUGGCCAAAAUCUGAUUUGAUGGAACAUAGUGAAAUCUUUAGCUUUUAAAAUUUUUUGUAUUUAUCACAGGUUUAGAAUAAUUUAGUGUUUAUCCAUUGAAUUAAAUUCACUCUUGGUUACUUUGUACCCUACUUUAUAGAGUUUGGAAAGUAAUUUAUUAAAUGAUUGACAUGUGAUUUGUUUUUAUCGUGUUAAAUUGAGGUAAUUGAAUAUAAUAUCUUUCUAAUUAUAGCAAUAGGUGAUUAGAAAUUUGUUACAUCAACUCUAGUUGUUCAAAUACGGUGGUUCAUUUUUGAACUGAUAUGUUUGUUCACGGUGAGCAUUCUUCCAAUAAAAGAAAUAGGAAAUUCA